UACAAUACACCCCCGGAAGUGCAAUAAAGGCCUACAAGCAGCGACCUAAAAAGUGCAUCGGUGCCAGCUCUAAAUCUAUUAAUUCCGACGUUUCUCUCCUUACGCUUAGUUUCUAGCGAAAGCAACAAUGUCUGAAAGAAAAGUGUUGAAUAAAUACUACCCACCAGAUUUCGAUCCAUCUAAAAUCCCGAAGCUUAAACUCCCCAAAGAUCGUCAGUAUGUGGUCAGAUUGAUGGCUCCCUUCAAUAUGAGAUGUAAAACAUGUGGAGAGUACAUCUACAAGGGGAAGAAGUUCAAUGCCCGCAAAGAGACUGUUCAGAAUGAGCUGUACAUGGGACUCCCCAUCUUCCGUUUCUACAUCAAAUGUACUCGGUGUCUGGCUGAAAUCACAUUCAAGACUGACCCGGAGAACACAGACUACGCUAUGGAGCAUGGUGCAACAAGAAACUUCCAGGCAGAGAAACUCAUUGAGGAGGAGGAGAAGAGAAUCCAAGAGGAGAGGGAGGAAGAGGAACUCAACAACCCAAUGAAGGUGCUGGAAAACCGCACAAAGGAUUCCAAGAUGGAGAUGGAAGUUUUAGAGAACCUGCAGGAGCUGAAGGAGCUGAACCAGAGGCAGGCUCAGGUUGACUUUGAGGGAAUGAUUGGGCGGUACAGAGAGCUGGAGAAGAGAGAGAAGGAAAAGGAGAAAGAAGAGGAUGAACGAGAGACAAAAGAGAUGUUGGAUCGUGCCCUUGUGAAAAGACUCAGAGACUCUGACUCUGACUCAGAGAAGGAGGAGAGCAGCAGCAGCAGCAGCAGCUCGCAGCCAAAGAAAGCCAUUACAGACAAACCAACAGACGUCCUCACCACUGACAUCCCCAGAGAGGCACAGGGAACCUCAUCUGGAGGAGUGAAGAGGGCUAAGGUGGAGAGCUGGGAGAGGAGUGUCGGGACGCUGGGCAAAGGAGGGGCACUAGGGUCACUUGUAGUGCGAAAGAAACCAGCAGCAGCCGUCAGUAAACCCAGUACGGUGGUGACUGCCUCCGCUUCCUCAUCACAAACAGAUUCAAAGACAUCUUCAGUUGAAUCCAACAAUGUCGCCAAGCCUGUUAACACUCUAAAUGGCUCGUCAUCUCUCAGCCUGCUGGGGGCGUAUUCAGACAGCGACAGCAAUGAGAGCGAAUGAAAAGAAGAUGUUUGAAGGGAAUCUUAAUUUGUGACUGACACAAAUUUGUACAAAAGAUGCAAAGAGGAAUAUUCUGAUAUGGACCUGUUUGCAAUUCUGCACAGAAAUGAAAAAAGGAAAAAAAAAAAAAAACAGUUUCUGUAUUUCCUAUGAAGACAUGUCUUUACAGAAUGAUUAGUCAAUAUGAUAAUGAGCAGUCAUUAGUAGAUUUUGUUGUCUGUCCUGGAAAGCCAGUGACUUUAACUAUCCCUGAUAAAAUACCAUUUGUUCAUUUGAUGUGUUUAUUAAAAAUCCUUUUAACUUCA